CUCCAACGGACAGGCCCAAAUCGGCCAAGAAGAAGUCCCCCUCGCCACCCGCAGCGGCGCCCGCCAGCGCGCCCGUUCCGGCGGUGACCGAGAAAGCGCCUCAGACAGAAGAGGAACGACAACAAGAUCUGCUGAAGAACCUGGCCCAAGAUUAUCAACCCCAUCCCAUGUGGGCUCAAGUGAAGGAGGCUGAAGUGAAAUUCUACUCGAAUAUUACCAACGGCCACCAGUCGGACCAAUCCAGCCAGAAAGGCGCCCCUAAGGCCAGUUCUGAGGAGUCUGAUGUGGAUUUGUUCGCCUCCGACGAGGAGCCCGUCGCCAAACCCAAACUGGUCCAGCCCGCCCCGAAGGCCGCACCCACGAAGGCGGCUAGCAAGAAAGAGAAGAAAUCGGCCCACUCGAACAAAGCCAACGCUGAGAGCACAAGUUCAAACCCGGGGAAGAACGGUCUCAACGGGGAGAGGUCUUUCGUGAUGCUCAAACCGGAUGCGGUUCAUCGGAAAAUGAUCGGAGAGAUCAUGAACAAGUUGGAACGCCGGGGCUUCAAACUGGUGGCCACCAAGUACAUGAAGGCCUCCCGAGAUCUCCUGCAAAAGCAUUACGCCGAUCUGAGUCGGAAGGCCUUCUUCAAGGACUUGAUAGACUACAUGGCCUCAGGUCCGGUCGUGCCCAUGGUUUGGGAGGGCCUCAACGUCGUCCAGAUUGUGCGUACCAUGUUGGGCGAAACCGUGCCCCACAAAUCAGCCCCUGGGUCUCUCAGGGGAGAUUUGUGUGUGGAUGUGGGUCGGAAUAUCAUCCAUGCCUCGGAUUCUGUGACAUCGGCCCGAAAAGAGAUCGAACUGUGGUUCCAUCCUGCCGAAGUGACCUCUUGGAAGCCGUGUUCCAUCGAAUGGAUCUAUGAAGACGAGACCUUGUCUGAAGGACACUUGGGCCAACAGAGUGCUGCUACCUCUGCUAAAGGAAAAAGCGGCUCAUUAGCGGCAGAAAUAGCCAAAGCCAGACAACACAUUAAAAACUCACUCGAGUGUGUGGACAAUCUGACGCAAUUGGCUGGAAAUCAGGAUUUGAUCCAAAAGAUCCAAAAGAUGGAAAAUGACAACAAAAAUCUCCAAAAAGUGUGCGACGGCCUGAAGAGCCUCGUCCUGAAGCUUGACGAGCGUGUCAAGCAAUUGGAAUCGGGCGGUGGUGCUGCCAAGCCCGCUGCGGCCAAGCCUGCUGCGGCAGCUGAGGAAGACGACGAUGUUGAUCUCUUCGGCUCCGACAGCGACGAGGAAGAGGAUGCCGAGAAAGUGCGCAUCCGCGAGGAGCGCCUCAAGGCGUACCACGAGAAGAAGUCAAAGAAGCCGGCCCUGAUCGCCAAGACCUCUGUUCUCUUGGAUGUGAAGCCUUGGGACGACGAAACCGACAUGGAUGCCAUGCUCAAGGCUUGCAAGACCAUCGAGAAGGAGGGGCUUGUCUGGGGAGCGUCCAAACUGGUGCCUGUGGGCUAUGGGAUCAAGAAAUUGCAGGUGAUGUGUGUCGUCGAGGACGACAAGGUGUCUAUCGACGAGUUGUGCGAGCAGAUCGCCGAAUUCGAGGACUUUGUUCAAUCCGUGGAUGUCGCAGCCAUGUCCAAGAUCUAAUAGACCGCCUGUACAUGGACCACCCCAAUUCGAAGAUUCCCGCGUCGGGUUUGGAAUAUUUCGAACUCGUUUAACCAUGGCGAACAAUGAAAACUCAUUGGUUCGAAUAAAACAGACUUGUGCGUCAGUCGCCGGAAUCUUUCAA